AUGAUCUGGCUGUUGACACUCGCGUUGUGUUAUGUGUGUUACGUGCUGGUGAAGUACCACCUGCAUCGCCAGCAGCUGAUGGCGAUCCGGGCAAAGUUUGGCUCCCCGCCAGCUACCUACUUUCUGGGGUCGUACCAUAUGUUUAAAAACAAAAGCAUCCCAGACAUAUUCGACAUCAUUGUGGGGCUGCCCAAACAGUACGGAGCGGAUGUGGCUGUGAUGGGAGCCCUCAACGAUCUGGUGCUGGAGAUAUCCAGCCCGCGCAACGUCGAAAAGGUGCUGCUGGCCAAGACGACGAAGAAGUCCUUCGUGUACGACUUCCUCGAGCCUUGGCUGGGGACGGGACUACUGAUUUCGUUCGGCGAGAAGUGGUUCCAGCGGCGCAAGAUCAUAACGCCGGCAUUCCACUUCACCAUCCUCGAUCAGUUUAUGGAUGUGUUCAAUGAAGAGGCGGACAUUUUGGUCACCAAGCUGCAGAAGCAUGUUGGUGGCGGAGAGUUUGAUAUCUACAACUACGUGACGUUGUACGCCCUGGAUAGCAUCUGUGCGACAUCGAUGGGAGUGCGAGUUCAUGCGCAGGACAAUCCGGACAACGAGUACGCCCAGGCGGUCAAGCAGAUGAGCAUCUUCUUUUUGCGCCGUGUGCUCAGCAUACUGCGCCAGUUUCCUUCGCUGUUCUUCCUGUACCCGUACGCCCGCGAGCAGGGGCGCGUAAUCAAGAAACUGCACAACUUUACCAACUCGGUGAUCAUGAACCGCCGAGCACAGCUUGAGCAAAAGCAGCGUCUUGGCGACGAGGAGUUUGACGUGAAUGAGAAGGAUCUGUACUCGAAGCGCAAGAACACGUUCCUCGAUCAGCUGCUGAAGGUUACGGUGGACGGAAAGCCGCUCAGUAACGAGGACAUCCGCGAGGAGGUGGACACGUUUAUGUUCGAGGGCCACGAUACGACCACGUCCGGGAUUGCGUUCACCAUUCUGCAGCUCGCCAAGCACCCGGAGGUGCAGCAGCGUCUGUACGAAGAGAUCGAUCGUCUGCUGGGUGCCGAGAAGCAGUCCGUACCGCUGACGCACACGAUGCUGCAGGAGUUCACCUAUCUGGACAUGGUGAUCAAGGAGUCGCUACGACUGGUGCCUCCUGUGCCGCUCAUUGGACGCAAGCUCCUCGAAGACAUGGAGAUUAAUGGCGCUAUCGUUCCGGCGGGAACAUCGAUUUCGAUCCAAAUAUACAGCAUCCACCGCAACCCGGCGAUCUACCCGGACCCGGAGCGAUUCGAUCCGGAGCGCUUCUCGGAGCACAACGAGAAUAAGCGCGGCCCGUACGACUACAUUCCGUUCAGCGCCGGGUUCCGGAACUGCAUUGGUCAGCGAUACGCACUGGCCGAGAUGAAGGUUACGAUCGUGAAGCUUCUCGCCGCCUAUCAUAUCCUGCCCGGGGAAUCGGUCGAUGGGAUUCGCUACAAAACGGAUCUGGUGAUUCGAUCGACCGAGGGUAUUCCGGUGAAGCUGGAGAAGCGAAUUUGAAGGUGACCGAGGGCAGUGCUUUGAGAAGUCUGAACAUAGAAUUAGGUUAACAAAUGGUACAAAUGACUGGGUUUAAGUCUGGAGCCAGUUCUGGUGUUGGAACAGUU